AUGGAAAACAACAUUCAAUACACUACAGAACCUUGGCACUUGACCGCAUACGAAUUUCAUUACAACACACCUUCGCGACGUGAUAAUAUGACCUAUACACAAGAAAUUUUUCAACGGACUAAAGGAUAUAUUUUCAAUGUUGAAGUGUCUCAAAGAUUACUUUUAAAAAUUUGGUUAAAAAUAAAGAUUGAUGUACUUGAUGUUGGUGCAUCAUGUCUUUUCCUUACAGCAAAAAUAACGGAUAAUAGACGAGAUCUCAAUCUUAUCUCUGAUUUAAGCGCGCGAAUAUCCUUGAAACAAAUGCAACAGAUGAGCAGUGAUCAUGAAAUUAAUAAAUGGAGGCAUAAAAUUUUGAAAUAUGAAUCAAUCAUAUUUUUUGUGAUAUAUCCUUACUUGGAAAUUAAACUUCCAUUUCAAUUUUUGUUCAUGUUUCGUGACUCUCUCACCGGUUAUGACCAAGAGAUAGUGAAUCGCCUAAUCGGAUGCAGUUUUCAAUUACUAAUGGAUUGUUCUAAAACAAUAUCGGCGGCUGCGAUAUUCCUUGCUGCAAAAUCUAGUGACAUUCCAUUAAAUGAUGAUCCAAGAGCCGGCGCAUGUUGGUUUGAACUUGCAAAAGUUGAGGAUAUCAAUACAGUUGCUGCAGCUGUUGAUUAUAUUUUGCAAUCCUAUACAACUGGACCUGUCGUUAAAAAAUUU